AUGCAGCCCUCGGACAAUUUUGUGGGAUCAAUCGAUCAAGGCACGACAAGCACCAGGUUCUUGAUAUUCAACCGCGAAGGCGAGCCAGUAGCAUCGCAUCAAGUCGAGUUCACCCAAAUCUACCCGAGCCCGGGCUGGCACGAGCAUGACCCCCUCGAAAUCGUAACCUCAGUAGAGACCUGCAUCGAAGAAGCCGUCCAGAAGUUCGAGGAGCAGGGCCACACCCGGAGCAGCAUCCAAAGCAUCGGAAUAACCAACCAGCGCGAAACAACCAUAGUCUGGGAUCAAGAGACUGGGGAGCCCCUGUACAAUGCCAUUGUGUGGACGGACACACGAUCUCAGGCGAUCGUCGCAGAGCUGAAACAGAAACCAGGGGCAGCGCAGCUUCAGAAACUCUGUGGUCUGCCGUUGUCAACCUACUCGUCGGCUACAAAGCUGCUCUGGAUGCUGGCGCAUGUCCCAAGAGUGAAGGAUGCAUUUGACCGCGGCACACUGGCGUUUGGUACCGUUGAUGCUUGGCUGGUAUACCGUUUGAACGGUGGCGUGGCUGCCAACGUCUUUGUCUCGGAUUCGACAAACGCUUCGCGGACUAUGUUUGUAAACUUGGAGACGUUGCGGUAUGAUGAGAGGCUUCUGGACUUUUUUGGGAUCAGGGGAAAGGUUCAUUUGCCUAGAAUUGUGCCCUCAUCCGAUGCGAUGGGAUACGGGGUUGUUGCUUCGGGGGCUUUGGCACAGGUUCCGAUUAUGGGCUGUCUGGGAGACCAGUCUGCGGCAUUAGUUGGGCAAAAAGGGUUCUCGCCUGGAAUGGCCAAGAACACUUAUGGCACUGGGUGCUUUCUCUUAUACAAUGUUGGCGACAAGCCGGUGUUCUCGACACAUGGAUUGCUGGCUACAGUAGCUUACCACUUUGGAGGGAAGCCUGUCUAUGCGCUUGAGGGGAGCAUUGCUGUUGCUGGGUCUGGAAUCAAAUUCUUGCAGAAUAACUUGAAUUUCUUCCAGGAGUCUAAGGAGGUCAAUGACCUUGCCUACUCAGUGGAAGAUAAUGGCGGAUGUGUCUUUGUCACUGCCUUCAGUGGAUUAUUUGCCCCUUAUUGGAUUGAUGAUGCAAAAGGAACAAUCUUUGGAAUCACUCAGUACACCCAAAAGGGCCAUAUCGCACGCGCUACACUGGAGGCAACCUGCUUCCAGACUAAAGCAAUUCUAGACGCAAUGGAGAAGGACAGUGGCCAUACACUCUCUGAAUUGGCUGUCGAUGGGGGUAUGAGUAACUCAGACUUGGCAAUGCAGACCCAAGCAGAUCUGAUAUCCAUCCCCGUCUACCGCCCCAAGAUGCGCGAGACUACAGCUCUCGGUGCAGCAAUUGCAGCCGGUCUCGCUGUUGGACUCUGGCGCAACUUCGCUGAGCUACGCGAUAUCAAUCGUUCCGGCGGUGCUGUCUUUGAGCCCCAAGUCCCGCGACAAGAGAGUGCUACCAAAUUUGGACAAUGGGAAAAAGCUGUGCAAAUGAGUAGAGGCUGGGUGGGAUCUAAGAGGACCGAGCAAGGCGGAGCUAUUGAUACGAACGGCGAGACAUAUGCACAGGCGAAGAUUCAGGAUCUCCCUCCGCGCAAGGCAACGCACUUCUCGGAUAAUUUCUUGAUCUCAGAUAUGAUUAAGAGCUCUACAUACAACACGACUGUUAAUGGAAGGGCUCGGGUCUCGAUAAAGGAGAUCAAAGUUCCACCUUCACCUGUACGAACGGCAAUAGGGAGUGUUUUGGGUGAUUUGGAUGAUGCAGACGAAGAGGAUCUGUUCUUGGAGCUACGGAAAGUGGAGAUUUUGCAGAGACUUAGGAAGCUACAGAAGCGACAGUCGAAUUGCUACUAA